AUGCUCCGUGUAGCUGUCACCAUUGGGGUCCUGCUGGCCCUGCUGGGUGGCACAGCCAUGCGUGGCUGCACCCCUCUCCUUGUGUGUGAGCCACAGGACCUGAUCUCCAGGAUGCUGCGGAAGAUUCAAAGGUCCACCAAGAAGCAUCCAGACCCCAGUUUCCUGCUGGCCAUGAACUUGGCUGGGGACAACAAAAGUCACAUCCAUGACUGGCUGCUCCAGCAUAUAAAGGAGGAGGCUGUGGAGAAAGCCCACGACAUGACCUCAGGACAGGUGGCUCUGCAUGUGCUCGCCCUCAUCUCCUCCUGCCAAGAUCCCAGAGAUGUUGAAGCCAAGGGGAAAACCAUCAACUUAGUCAGCAUCCUCCAGGAGAAAACAGAUGAGGAGGUGGUCAGCAUGGAGAUCAAAGGUGUCCCAAAGACCACCCUCUUCAGUGUCAGCCUGGAUGCCCUGGCCCUGUGCCUGGUGCAGGCUGGUGGCUACAGAACAGCCUCUGUGGCCCUGGCCAAGCGAGUGCUGGAGUCCAACAAAACAAUCUGUGUGGACACCCGUGCCAUGGCGGUGCAGGCGCUGGUGUGCACCUCCAGCAAGACAGGCCCAGGGGAUGUGCAGGACCUGCUCAAUAAGACAGUGUCAGCGGUGGCCAACGACUUCCUUGACGAGCAGGAGAAGAACGGUGGCAUGAUCGGGAACAUCUACAGCAUGGGGCUGGCCCUGCAGGCACUGGAGAUCUCCAGCAAGUUUCGUGCCCCCCGGGUGUGGAACUGUGCCCAAGCCUUUGCUGUGGUGCACAGACACGACUAUCAGCAGCCCAUGCCCAUCGCCCAGGUGCUGCCUGCCCUCCUGGGCAAAUCCUAUCUGGAUGCAGGGAGCAUGCCCUGCCCUCCCGGUGCUGGUAUGUGCCCACUCAUCCCUGGCCCAAGGCUAGAUGCAGGUGGGGUUCACAGAGCUUGCAAUGCCAGCAGCAUCACAGUGCACUACCGCAUCACCAACAGGCUGCAGGGCAAACACUUCAACCAUAGCAUCACAGUGAAGGUCCCAGCUGGCUCCAAGCUGCUCAAGGUGCUGAAAGUGGCAGAGAAGAUGGAACCUGACAUCUUUAGCUUCAAGACAAAGGAGUAUUCCCAGGGCCCCAUGGUGGUCUCCAUCCAUGGGCUGGAUGCUGACCCAAAGGACAGGACCUACUGGCAGUUCCUCAGCGGCAAGGAUGCCCUCAAAGAAGGGGUUGGCACUUACAAGCCCCACGACAUGGAGCACAUCAUGGCCAACUUCACCACCUACUGA